AUGGGAGUGUUGUGGGCUUAUGAGGGGUUAUUCCAGGAGUGGAGGAGCUCUUGGCUUGGUCACCUCCACGGCAAGGGCAAGAUAUGUCGGCUGGGUGAGCUGGAUCUGUCCCGGUGGAGUGAGUUGAAUCAGGGCGGCACAGAGCCCGGAGUCCAGAGGUUGAUAGUGGAAAACGCCGUUCAUCUGAAGGGAAAUAUAGAUGCUACGUUGCUGGACGCCCGCUGCUCAGCAAAGGAAGCCAAGUGUCAGUUGUCUCAGAACCAAAAAACUCGGCUGAGGUAUGAGUGGGCUAAGAUUGUGCUGCAGGAGUUAUCUCACUGCAACGCAUCCCCCAUAUCCUACCUCAUUCAGACACAAGAGGAGUGGAUUGCAGUAGUUGAACUGAUUACAGCAGCCUUGAGUCUAGACGACGUCGUCGAGUCCGCCAAGAUUGGCUCCUGUAAGUGUUUUGAUACUGCUUCUGAAGACGAAAGCUGCGUGCUGGGGAGCUGCGUGCUGGGGAUGUUAAUGGCACUGUUUCAGUCAACCUACACUAAGCCGGCUCGCUGGAACGGGUCUUCGGUUUUGAUUCAGUGUCUAUCACGGCUGGACGAACACGCGCUCUCCCUUUCCGCACAGCGCCACGUCGAGAUUAUGGUCGGUGAGGCUGUUGCUCUCGUGGACAAGAAGGUUCGUCAAGAAUGGUUCACUCUCUCGUCCAGCAACUGGGUCCGAAGCCUCAUCGCAUACAACCAUUACAAACAGUGCAUUGCUUCACAAAAAAAAGGCUCUUAUGCCGUAGCGGAUACAUUCGCCAUGCUACUGCCCGAGUCGGCGUCUUCGACACCCGCGUCCGAGGGUGUGGAGAGGUAUGAGCUUGUGAUUGAAGUUUUACGACUAAUCUCUAUCAACGGCGGUUCGUCCAACAUUUCCUAUUGCCAAGAGAUACUGAAGUACGUGGAUCAGCAAUUGACUGACUUAAUGUCGGAAACAAGGACGAGUAACGCCUGUAUUAUAUACAACGGAGUUUUACUAGCGAACCAGCUGUGGCCUCGACAAUCGGCGGUUCAUGUGAAAAGUCUUAUACCUACCCUCCGAAGAGCCUGCGAAUUGGAACCGUUCCUUAUCUCUUCAUUCUCUCUCCAUGGUGUCCCAGCACUACUGGAGAUGAUUCCAGCAUGUCAUGACCUCUUUGCACGGACGACUGCCGGGAACCAUCUUUCAAAAUGUCCGGCUCCCAGUCCGGCUCCCAGUCCGGCUCCCAGUCCGGCUCCCAGUCCGGCUCCCAGUCCGGCUCCCAGUCCGGCUCCCAGUCCGGCUCCCAGUCCGGCUCCCAGUCCGGCUCCCAGUCCGGCUCCGAAUAGUCUAUUGAUGACUUGCAUAAAGUAUGCCAAACGUGUGACACCGGGUGAGGCAACACAGGUUGUCCUUUACGGUGAGACUGAGGUGAAGAAGCGGGGCAUCCGAGGCCUGUCCUGGGCAGCCCUCCUGUUGGCGUACGCCGAAGGAUCAAAGACCACCUUUUCGUCUGACUUCCUCAAGAUCCUGAGUCGAGAAAUUACGAAACUGGGGAUUGCGAAAGUGGGAACAACAGGCCGUCUAGAGUCCGUCGUGAACAACGAUUACUCGGAUUUUAUCAGCCUGUGGAUUGCUGCCUGUGGUCGACACUUGAACAAGGCUUUUAGGAACACUGACAUUGUCAUUCCGCUUAAGCCAGAGACCCCGGUUGCUCUGGAUAUUAAGUGUGGUGAUAAGGACCUGAUCAAAACGAUCAAGGAAGGGUGCAAAGCCUGGAAGUGCAGUAAUACUAAGUUGUUGCAAAGACGGCUGAAAAAUUCGAAAAAUUCGAAAUUAAAAGAUUUCAAGCCGGUAUUCGAUGCACCUGUGAAGCUAGCCAAAGACACGAAGUCUGCGGUGCUGGCGGGAGCCCAGGGUGUGGCAGGUACGCGCAAUGUGAUCUCGAGUAUUAUUGCGUCAUACGGGGACGUUGACGGUUGGAGCUUGUCGGAGCUGACUAGUGCCAUGUACGAAUUGGACGGGCUGGUGUCUCUUUUAUUCAACGCACUCCAGAGAGCAGGUCCAGAGCCGGACGAAGGAGAUGCACAACUAGGUAACAUGCCGCACGCAGGUCAGGUGGAAGACAAUGAUGUAGUCGACGAAGAAUUGGAGUACGGAUCUCGGGCUAAUGCUAAGACUGAGUCGUUCGAGCCAGCCACCGUCGAAUGCUUGCGCGGGAUGCUUGUUCUUUACUGUCGGUGCCUUUCGAGACUCGGUUCCCUUUGCUACGCUUUAACUGCCAGCAGAACAACAAACCAUACUGGUUCUAGUGCCCGGGACGCGAAGGAAUAUUCUGUAGUUGCGCUGCCUCUGCGCCUCGUUACUUUGACCUGCAAUCCGCCGGUCAUGACACCCGGCACCCUAUCAAGACGGUGGUUCCAUGGCGUGGUGUGUCCCCUAACUGGUUUGAUCACCUAUAUAAUUACGGCGAGCACUCGUUUUCUUUCUGACCCCGAUGCCUCGUUAGAAUGCAAGUUGCACUGUGUACAGCCUCUCGCGCGUUUUAUCAACUACGUCAUCAACCGAUGGACCCACGUCCGGCUCCCUCUGAAGCCUUUGCACCCCGCUAUACAGAACAUCCAGGAAGCGAAUGCGCUGGUCAAGCAGCAGCUGGAAGGCUACGAAGUGAUGGACGUGACCGGAAAUAUGGAGCAGCAGGAGAUCGACCGAGAAAUCGCUGGCUACAUUCGGCUGGCUCUGCAGAAAAUUGAGAGCGUCAAGACGUAA